CUGCAGCAGCCAGCAUUCUCAACUUUCUUCUUAUAUGAAAAAUAAUUCUUGCAUCGUCUUCGUCGUCAACUACCAUAUCUUUCAAAAAGUCGACGAGAUGACGCUUACACUCUUUUAUAGAGAACAAAGAAUGAUGUUGCUCUUGUUCUUCAUGUCCUUUUCUCUGCUUCUCUUCUUCAGGAUCUUCACCUACCUUUACAUAUCAGGAACAAGUAACCUAUCAUACAUAACUUUAAUUUUAGUACAAAAAAAUAAACCACAUACCCAACUCUCCUUCAAUCAAUGUAUCAUUCACAAGCUCUUCCAGAGAAGAUGCUUCAUGAAUGUAAUCGCCUUCUUCGUCUGGAAUCAGGUCAAUCUGAUCCACCCCACAAGAGUCAUGAUGAACAUCAAAAAUAAGUUCAUCGAGCUCAUCGUACAAAAAAAUGUCGGCUUCUUCAGCUGCCUAUCUUGUCACAACCUCUUCAUUGGUUUCGAUGUUGAUCAAUCCUGUAUGCCUCCAGCAGUUUUGGAUUGUUUCUACAGAGACCAUGCCCCAAGCGUCCCUGCCCAAUUCAUUGCUUUUAGCUGGUCCACAUCAUAGAGCUCGCCCAGCUAAUGGUUUCUAUACUUGCGACCAGCUUCACGAUAGUGGGAGGCACUAUAAAACAG